GCCUUUUUUCCACAUUGACAAAACUUAAUUUAUUAAGAAUGAAUAAAGAUGAGCACGUGUCUGAUUUAAAUGACACUGCUUAUGCUAUUCAUGAGCCUCUUCCCGUAUCUCCCACUAACGGAUACAAGACUGCAGAAGAAAUGAUGAAUGUUUUAAAGGAGUGUGGAAUUCGUAACAAAUUCUCUAUUUCUAUUUUGAGAAAUAGGUUUAAUGAAACUCAUAAAAGACUUCAUGUUGCUUGUAAGUACUCUGGGUUGCCGGAUAAACGAACUCUCGGGGCGAACUCCAAAAGAUUGCAUUCCACGUUUAAGACAAACUGCCCUUAUAUUGUCAAAAUAUCAGUUACCAAGAAAGUUGGGGGAUACAAGAUCAUGAACGCUGAUGUUCCUGGAAAUUCGGUGCAUAACCACCCAUUAGACUUCCAAUCAAUGAAAAUCACCCCAGAGUUUAAGAAGACAUUGAUAACUGAAAAUGGCUUAGUGGUAGUAAAUACUAUGGUGAAUGCUGACAUCCCUAUGAAGCAGAUCAGAAAGACGGUUAUUUUUGAAGGGAGCAAUAUCCCUAAACUCAUGUAUCAAGAUGCGAGUAAUUGGUCCGGCAAGACAAAGCCAAUUAAUUUGAAUGUAGACAAUGCCGGCUAUGAUUUGAUCAAAAAAAUUGAAAGUGCUGUAAAUGUUACCAGAUAUGAAUUUGACGUAGGAACAAACAGACUUAGCUCGGUAUUCUUCACCAAAAAAAAAUGGCAUGUUAGAUAGAGCUAAUAUCUGCAGCGACGUUUUUAUUGUCGAUGCUACUGUUACGCGACAAAUCGAGCGUACUUUCAAUUUAUCUUCUCUUUUAAUCACCUACCAAAGUGCAUAACGCCUUUUCGGGCUUGCACCUGUCAAAACUACCUCUUUCCAUCUUUUUCUUAUCCAUAGAUCUGUGACCUCUUACUAGGCGCAGUUAUCCCAUUCUCCUUCAUAAAUUUAUUUAAUUUCUUUAAUUUCAGUGACUGGAUUAUAUAUCCAUCACUAUAAAUAGGCAUCCAUAAGACCUCUCUUUCAAUAAAAAUCCUUAUCUAUUAUCUUA